AAUAAUAAGUGGUGCCAUAGUUAUUCAUUUACAAACUCCAAAGACAUAUCACUGUAACCAAGAUAUGCUAUGAGAUUUUCUUAAAAAUAAAAAUGAUUUGCUACGAGAUAUACAAUUCUCUCCGCCAAAUAUGCAGCCCACUAUUAUAAGCAAGUCAGCUCAGCCAAAAAUAAAUUCGAAAACAAAAAAAUGAAGUCAAAAGCUCAACAGUUCUCAUUUUAUUAUAUUGUUUUUUGGGUGUAUGUUAGUAUUUUAUUACAUUUUUAUACAUCUAAUAUUCUUUGGUAUAUAAUCACCAACCAUCUUCUUAUUCUAAUUUCUUCAUCGUCACAAUCUUAAUUCUUACAUAUAUCUUACGAGUUUCCAGAGGGGAAAAUAUCAUCUUAUGUAAAACAAAAUGAUGGGAAAAAGAAUAGCUUCAUUCAAGAAAUUAGCCAAGAAAGUGAAGAGCAUCAAAACUAGAGAACGCGGCUCCGAGUAUGUUCUGCUCGGUGAGGGGGACGACACUUCUCUGACGAAGACAUCAACGGGAACGUUUCCGGUGUAUGUAGGAGAAGAGCGCGUGAGGCGGGUGGUCCCGAUGAGCUACUUGAAUCACCCUCUGUUUAGGAUGCUCCUCGACAAGUCACGUGACGAGUUUCACUGUUCCGACCAGAAAGUUAUGUUGGUCGUCCCUUGUAGCCUCUCGGCUUUUCAAGACGUCGUUAAUGCCAUCGAGUCUUGUAGUGGCAACUUCGAUUUCGGCGAUUUUGUUGAGGAGCUUCUUUGAUUCUUAAUUAAUUCUUCCUUCUUCUUGAUCAUUUUCUUUUCGUUUUGAUAAAUAAAUUUU